AUGCUUGCACACAUGAGAACGAUGCGUGCCGCCCGGCCUCUUUUGAGGGUCCAGGUCGCUGGUUUCCACGUUCUGGGUGCCCAAGCAUCAUUCAAGCUGCUUUCAAGUAGCCAUAACUCGCUUCUGCUUUCUAGAGCAUUGACCGGCGGUUUGAAGGCGAAUUCAAUCCGGCCAUCGGCGAUCAGAUUGUACAGUGUUAUAUCCGAGGACCACAAGGCCAAGUUGUACGAGUACAAAGAUGUCAAGAAAAUCGUUUCGGAGAAAGACAAAUACCCCAAUACUCUCGUUGUGGAUGUCAGAGAACCGGUGGAAUACAAGGAGGGAAGUAUACCCGGCGCCAUUAAUGUGCCAUUCAAGUCAUCUCCCGGGGCCUUGGGGUUGAGUCCUGAGGAGUUUGAAGAAAACUUUGGCUUUGAAAAGCCUUCCAAGGACAAAGAAUUGAUCUUUUACUGCUUGGCAGGUGUAAGGUCGACGGCCGCCGAAGAGUUGGCCAACACUUUUGGUUAUAAACAUAGAGGAAACUACGUGGGUUCGUAUGAAGACUGGGUGUCGCACGAGAACCAGCGCAGCUAA